UCUCCUUUUCCCAAGCUUUCUCGAGAAACAAAAAAUCAAAUUCAGAAUGGAUGAUUGUUUGUCCGAUUUUUUUGAGGAACAUGAAUUUGGAGAGUCUAACUUGGCCGGAGACGAUCUCUUUGCUAUUCUGGACAGUUUGGACAGCGUAGCUGAUUUUUCUCCGAUGACGACGUUGGAUGAAACAGCUGCUGCUGUUAGGCAGAAAGAAAUGGAGGAAGGAACAAGACUGGUUUCACAGAAGUUUUCAACUUCUUCCUUAAAGGAGUUGUUGGCGACGGAGCCGCCGGCAGUCUCCCUGAAGAGAAAGAGACUGAAGCCAAGUACUCCUUACUUGGAAGAAGCAAACUCAGACGGGCAACAGAAGAUGUCUCAUAUAACGGUGGAGCGCAACCGGAGAAAGCAAAUGAACGAGCAUUUAUCGGUGUUGAGAUCCUUGACGCCUGGCUUCCAUGUCAAAAGGGGAGACCAAGCAUCCAUUAUUGGCGGUGUGGUGGAUUACAUCACCGAAUUGCAGCAAGUUCUACAGUCACUAGAGGUGAAGAAACAGAGAAAAGUUUACAGUGAAGUAUUGAGUCCAAAAUUUGUCUCCAGUCCGAGCGUUCCAUGGCCGCUGAGCCCUAGAAAACCGCCGGUGAGUCCCCGGCUGAACUUGCCGAUCAGCCCACGAACCCCGCAACCAUGCGGCCCUUAUAGGUCUAUGUUACAUCGGCAAGGCUACAUUUCCCCGACGGCAAUGGGCGGUGGUACUUCACUUGAACCGUCUCCAACUUCUUCUUCCACAGCCUCCUCCUCCUCCUCCUCCGUUGACACUUUCAACGAGCUCCUGGCGAACUCCAAGUCUGCCGUAGCAGGGGUGGAGGUGAAGUUUUCGGGGGCGAAUGUUCUUUUGGAGACGGUGUCUGCACGGAUUCCUGGUCAGGCGUUGAAGAUCAUUUCUGCUCUUGAGGACCUGUCUCUUGAGAUCAUAGAUGUGAGCAUCAGUACUAUUGAUGAAACCAUGUUUAAUUCCUUCACCAUCAAGAUUGGAAUUGAAUGCCAACUGAGUGCUGAAGAACUAGCCCAUCAAAUCCAGCGAACAUUCAGCUAAUUAGUUCAACCCAAACAAGAACUGUAGUCUAUAUAUGUUUUUCUUUUUGGGUAAUUUAGUCUAGUCUAAUAGAGGAGAUAGUAAUUUUAUUUUAGUAUUUAACAAAUUAAUGUAAUUGUA